AUGGACAGCUCGACAACACUGACUACCCUUCACUCCCAGGACGUUGGACUCGGUCUGACAUCCUCCUGGGACUACUACGAGGGACUGACGGGUCGCUUGAUCGAUUCACGGGUCGGCCUGCCUAGCUUCCACACGCUCGGCACGCCGCUCCCAGCCCCGCAUCCGCAUAGAGGCAGCGUCGGUUAUCCUUUGGUACCGGCUCCCGUUCAAGCUAGAGAGGUGCCGGCGCUUCAACAGCAGCUACUCGACGAAAGGCACAUUCAGUUGCUGGGUUCCAGUCCGGUGCAGGCGUUCCCGCCUCCGCCUCCUGGACAUCCUCAUCACACGGUGUUGACCGUGGUGAAGCCAGAGUAUCCUCAGUUGCAUCACGCCAAUUUCCAGAACCCGAUGUCCACGGUGCUUGACUCGUCACCUACAUCCAGGCCGAUCGGCAUCGACGGCAGGAAAAAAGAGCGUAGAAAAAUGCGAGCCGGCUCGAUGGAGUCCGAAGACAGCGCUGGCGCCGGAAAUGUCGAGAGUUCCGGGCAAGUAGCCGCGGUUUCAUCCACUGCGAACAGGGGGGCCCAUCACCUUGGUGGCGGCAUGGCCGACGCCGACGGUGACGGCGGACUCAGCGACAAACCGGCCAAAAAGAAACGCAAGAGGUGCGGCGAGUGCAUCGGAUGUCAACGCAAGGACAAUUGCGGAGAUUGCGCGCCAUGCCGCAACGACAAGAGCCAUCAGAUCUGCAAAAUGAGGCGGUGCGAGAAACUCACCGAGAAAAAGCAUCUGUACCACAUGCAAACAGGCGAGGGUGCGUUCAGAGAGAGAGGGAGGGGUCGAGGCAAAGGUACAACUAGGAGUUAUCGAAAGAUCGCGCGACAAGUGAGUACACCAGAUAGCGCACCAGCAGGCUUAGGCAGUCCACAGGCUGGAAUAGGCGGGCUGCAACAGCAUCAGCAACAACCGCAACAGCAAACGCAACAAACGCUUCAUCAGCCGGAUCCCAUGCAGCAAUCCAAGGACAAUCUGAAUCCCGCGGCGAACCAACAAACCGGGGCACUUAGGAACGGAAAUCCUCCGCCUCCUGUCGUUUCUAUGUCACCCGGAGUGAUGCCAUUUUACGGUGAUACUGGCGCCGGUUUUCGGCCAGCAGCCGGCUUUGGGAAUACUGUUUGGCACCAGGGAGUCGCUCCCGUGGGAGCAGUUGCGGUUGAAACGUCAGCAGCACCAUGGCCACCUCAGCAGUUCAUUCAACAAAUUCCUGCUCCGAAUCAGCUCGAAGAGCUGAGGUAUCAUACCCAAUACACCGCCGCAGCGCCAUACCAUCCACAACCAGUCGCAUAUCAGCAGCAGACUUUCAUUACUACGGAUCAGUCGGCAUUUCAACGUGCCGGGGCGACAGGACAAUACACAAUCACGGGACAACCCUCACCCUUGCCACCAGUCGCCCCACAAACUGUACCAUCGACAGCUCAGAGGCCACUAAACGGUCAAUUCAUGGAUCCCGCUGCUACUGCAACCCAAUCAGUUGGUUAUGAAAGGCAGGAUUACGUCAAUGGUUACCAACAACAGGACGUGACGAUGGCACCGCCGCCUUCAACCACUCCGACGAGUCGUAGCAGUUCCGUACACAUGGACAACCAGCAGCAACAACAGGCCUCUCAGCAACCGCCGUCGCAACCGCAACAACAGCCAACGGAUACGCAGGUGAAGGGAUUCGCGACGAUCGCGGCCAGCAACGUGUCGGGAAACGAGAUGCCUGGGUAUCCACUUCAACCGGGCCCACAGAGUUUACACAACUCUAACGGAUAUCCAGGCUACGUGGAAAUGGGUCAACAAGUACAGAACCAAUGGCAGCCGCAGCAGGUAUCUCAGCAACCACAACACCAGCAACAGCACAUGCAACGGCAACAUUCGAUACCUGACGGUAGCCAACGGCAUUUAUGGUCCGAUACCAGUACCGGUACGAAAAUGAGCAACGUGAGCAACAACAUGAACUGGUCGGAUGGGACGUUACAGCAACAGCAUCAGCAACACCAGAAACCUCCUCAACAACAACAGCAACCGGGUAUGCAGAGCAAUAGUAUGAAAGGACAAGAGACACAGCAAAGUAUGCAGAUGCAAGGACAACAAGAAUUACCCCGACCAGCGAGCCAUAUGAGUUGGGAGAACGGUAGCGUGAAGGAGACGCCACAAACUCCGCAGUCGUGGACAGAUAAUACGGACAACAGUCAGCAGCAACAAACUCAGGGAAAUUGGUCGCGGCAGAGUCCGAAGCUGAGGGACGCUUCGCAGAAUCCGAGAUUGACACCGUCUAGUCAACAACAGCAGCCUCAGCACCAAGGCUGGCUGCAGCACUCGCCGAAGUUGUCAGACCAUCAGCAGAAUCCGUCUCAUCAGAACGCCCGGAUGACGCCCUCCAACCAACACAACUGGCAGCAGAGCAGUCCAGAGAUGCAACAGAACUCGAAUCAACAGAAUCCAAGGCUGACGCCAUCUAACCAACAGAUGCCGCAACCUGGGACGCAGCAACAGCAACAACAACAGCAACAGCAGCAGCAGUGGUCGCAACAGACGAAACUGGAGAAGAGUCCUAGACUUACUCCGUCUAAUCAGAUGUCCUGGCCAGACACGCCAACUAGUCAACCGAAUUGGUCGCCUAAUAGUAUAAAGAGCGACAGUAGUCAACAACCUCAACAACAAUGGCCAGAUUCGCAGCCUAGUCCGAGGAGAACACCUGGCCAUCAACCGGGAACGUGGCAGCCUCAGCCACCCACACAAGAGAAUAAAAUGGAGAACCAAAUGUCUUGGUCACCGAACUCGGUGGCCGAGAACCAACCUACCUGGGGCCAACAAACGACCAAACAAGACAUGCAGAAUUCCGGGGAAAGAGUACUUUGGCAGCAGCAGGACACCGGAAAACCGAAUGGGUUCGUCGAUACGCAAGAUACUCAGGAGAGUAAUGUAUUUGCUCAAUCAAAUCGCGUUAAUUUGAAUAGUCGACUGAAAUCGAUGAUUCUAAAUAAACAACAACAGCAACAGCAGCAACAACAACUACAGCAUCAACAGCUUCAACAGCAGCAAUCGCAGCAACAGUCUCAGCAUCAAAUGAGCCAUCAGGAGCAACAACAUCACAAUAUGCAUCAUCAAAUGCAAUCUCAACAUGUGAACAGUAACAACGGAGCUAACGGCGAAUACCAUACAGAAGACAGGAUACGAGACACGCAUGACAAUACGGAGAAAUUGCAAGAGAAGCAGGCGGACCAGUAUUUAAGUCAGUCGAAUAUCAUCUCGAUGGCGCAAUCCAACGAAUCUUUGACCGGUAAUUUUUUAUUGCAUAGCCACCACCCUCGGGUCGAUAGUUUGCCCGAUGGUGGUGGCUUAUGGGAAUGGUCAGGAGGAAGUAAUAACACAUUAAAUAACGGUACCGUUCUGCCGGAAAACGGAAUGAUGGUCAUCGACAGCUUCAUGAAGUUUGGUUCAGAGGAUAAGUCCGUGCUGGACAAACCAUACGAAAAACAACAACAACAGCAACAGCAAUCACACUAUCACCAACAAUCACAACAACAACACGAGCAACGACAGCUAUGGAAGGAUGAAAGUAAGAGCCAUGACAAUCAAAACAUCGAGGAUAAAUCGUUUCAGAGGAGACUAUGCAUAGAACAGCCAACCAACGAUAAAACUUUCGAAUCUUGCGAAAACAGCAACGCAGACAGCGAGAAGAACGAUGGGACCGAGAACGAUGUUGGUUUUUCAGAAACUCCAUUAGUCGCAUUAGUGAACAAGAACGACACAUCAAAUUAUCCAGAAAGCAGCGAAAAGAUCGCGUCGACGGAGCCAACCAACAGCUCUAACUGCGAUUCCUCUCAGAAUAUCAAGCAGGAGAACAUCGUCGAGUACGGUUGCUCUAGCUCCGAUUGCGUUCCAUCGCCGACGGUCUCGUCAAAGAGCGAUGGCUGCGCGUCGAAGGAAAUCAAGAGUGAACCGGACCAAAGGGCGCAGGAAGGUAACAACUACAAAUUUCGUGGCGAUGGCGGACCCGCUAAAGUGUCUCCGGGUGUCGGUUCGUGGUGUUGUCGACGAGGCGGCACCGAACAACCGACACCCGAGCAUUUGCGGGAGGGUUGUUGCCAGGGUUUGCAAACGAGGGACGAGAUAUUGGCCGACUCAGCGGACAAGUCCGACGUAAAGAACGAAGGCACUCAAAGUCCACGUACCGGUAGCGUGCCUUCAACGACUAAGUUGCAAGAUCACUUGGACAAACUGAAGAACAAUGUCAGGAGCGAAGUGCCGGACUGCAACUGCUUCCCAGCUGACAAAUGUCCGCCAGAGCCCGGCUCGUACUACACUCAUCUCGGGGCGGCUGCAAGCCUGCCUGACCUACGGAACGAUCUUGAAAGAAGAACCGGCCUUAAGGGAAACGCCAUUAGAUUCGAAAAGGUCAUCUACACCGGAAAAGAAGGGAAAACCACUCAGGGAUGUCCGAUGGCUAAAUGGAUACUUCGACGAUCUGGUCUGGAGGAGAAGAUCCUGACCAUAGUGAAACACCGACAAGGGCACAAGUGCCCAACAGCUUGGAUCGUCGUGGCCAUGGUUGCUUGGGAAGGCGUACCCACUCACGAAGCCGAUCGAAUCUAUUCCCUGUUAAGUCAUAAGCUGAAUCGAUUCGGUCUUCCUACUACUAGACGAUGUGGAACGAACGAACCGAGAACCUGUGCUUGCCAAGGUCUCGAUCCUGAUACUUGCGGUGCAAGCUUUUCCUUUGGAUGUUCCUGGUCAAUGUAUUAUAAUGGUUGCAAAUACGCCAGAAGUAAAACCGUCCGUAAAUUUCGAUUGUCAGUACGAUCAGAGGAGCAAGAAGUCGAAGAAAGAAUGCACGUCCUAGCAACACUUUUAUCGCCUCUGUAUCUCAGCCUUGCACCGGAAGCAUUCAACAAUCAGACACAAUUCGAACGGGAAGCGAGCGAGUGCCGUUUGGGAUUUAAACCUGGCCGACCCUUUUCCGGUGUUACGGCCUGUAUCGACUUCUGCGCGCAUUCUCAUCGUGAUCUUCACAACAUGAACAACGGAUGUACAGUGGUGGUCACUAUGACAAAACACCGAUCUCUAUCGAAACCUGAAGAGGAACAGUUGCACGUACUUCCCCUUUACAUCAUGGAUACUACGGAUGAGAAUGGGUCGAAAGAGGGACAGGAUGAGAAGGUUCGCGCUGGAGCUGUAGAAGUUUUGACAAAAUAUCCUUGCGAAGUGAGAGUUCGAUCGGUUCCACUCCAACCCUGCAGAAGACACGGCAAGAAAAGGAAAGAAGACGAGCCAGAUACCAUUAGCAAUAAGAAAGAUAGUUCCAAAAGCACUGCUGAAAAAAUGGCGGACCCAGGACGUGUACCAGGACACCAAGAAAUACCUAGACCGCAAAUGAGGGACUCCCAACUAUCCCUGGAAAUGGCGUCUAUGUUCGAAGGAAUGGAUGCUCAAUUACAAAGCUCUCAGGUGUCCUCCACUGUUUUAGACAGUCCAGUGUCCAUGUACCAAGGAUGGAGUUACCAGAAUGAACAACAGUGGGGUAGAAACGGUUGGCUCGAUCAGCGAAAAAAUAAUUGGUUAAACCCGUGGAGAGAAUACUCGUUCAGUGGUCUGGACAGAGACGCAAAAGUUGACCCAGACAGUACAAGUCUAGACGAUAUCAGGCCUAGGAGCACCGUUUCUCAGGAUGAACAUCGACCAGGUUCGCGAAAUUUGCCUAAUUCCACCAUGGACUCGCCGAGGAACUGUUAUCCACACUCACCGAGAGCUCAUCCUAUUUCACCAAGGAGCUCUCAUACAGGAACACCAGGGGAUAUCGGUUACUCCAUGUCUCCUAGAGGAUGUCCAACUACACAUCAAGACCAGAGAAUCGCUUCGCCAAGAAGCUCCGGGUAUCCGGACACGGGCUACGGCCACCCACCUCCCAAUUCCAGAAGUUAUCCGAAUAUGUACGACACCAGGCAGGGUAGUACAUCCCCGAAGACAAGCUGUACAAAUUUUCCGGUCCAUUUGGAUCAGAGGAACGCACUCAACCGAACGAAUCAUCAUCAUCAAUCGCACAACGUAAAUAACGUUCGAAACGUUGGCCAGAGCUGCGAUCAGUCGAAAUUGCCGUACUCCAGACCUGCGCAAGAUUCUAGUCAGCAAAAGUACCCUACCACGCAGAACUACUUAGAGGCUCAAAAAUCGCAGAUCGAACAGCCUUUCGUGAACAGGAUACCAGGCCAUUAUCACCCCCCUCAUACCGCGCAGUCCGGAAGAAAUCUUCCAUAUCAGGGCCAGCAUGAUUCGAACGCGGACAUGUUCACUGGCCUGUCGGUGUCUUCUUGCAUGGGUAACACUAGUCACAAGCCAUUCAGCGCCACGAAUGCGGAUCUAUUGCUACACAGCUCGACGCAUCUUCCGCCCAACAAUCCACCAAACGGCACUCAGAGCUUAGGAUCAUUCGAUCAGAGAAAAUAUCGGAUGUAUAAGGUUCCUGAACAAAAGACACCCGGAAUUAGUCAAAUGUCACCGGCGUCCUCCGACCAAGUGGGAAGCUGGAACAUGUUAGGUACUUGGUAUCCCGAUCAAAACAAACCUUUCGAUCAACAACAGAUUUAUAACGAUCAAAUAGGUCCUGAUAGGAAUCACCAGCAACCUACAGACCACCAGAAAACAUUUAAUUGGAACGAUAGAGUACCGCAUCCGGACCAGUCGAAACCACCUUGCUGGGAAACACCCUCGGAUCCUUCUCCGUUCAGGGUGCCAAAGGGCAGACCACCGUCGAGGACAGCGUCAAACCAGAAUCCAAACACAGACAAUACAUAUCAAAAUUCUUCCAAUAGAACGUUCCUUAAGCCUCAGGAGCCGACGCGGAACGGUGUCUACGCGGACAGUCCAAGCAACAACGCGGUGCAAAGCAGCAUGACGACACAUCAAGGUAACCAACGAAGAACAGAGUGGCCGGAAGAUAAGACGAAGGAGGGUUUCCACGAUUCCAGGCAGAACAUCGCGAAUCCAAACUCGAAUUGUUUUCCAUGGGCCGAAGAGAUGAAACAGGUGCAAGACUUCCACGGGAUGCCGGGCUUGGGACAUCCUCACGCUUCCUUCCCACAAUACGGACUGUAUCCAACAUACCCUGUCUUCGACAAACCAUAUUCUAAUUCUUGGGAAGGCUACAACUAUCACCAACCGUAUCCACACCAUCAGACACCGGAGUAUCCACCUCAAUUCUAUCAGCAACCAAAGAGAGAAGCCUGCUUUCCUUCGCCUCAAUAUCCCUAUCAAGGAGUGCCCCCGUAUCAAGGUCUGAAUCCAGGUUGGGCGAGAUGGGACACUCCUCGCUGGGAUAUUUACGGACCACCACCCUACUUUCCGGUGUUACCAGAACCUCCUCCAAAAGCAGAACCACUAGGAGAGAUAGCCGACUAUUCCGACAACGAAGAGUGCUUCAAGGACUCGCAGAUGGGUGGAGUCGCCAUUGCAUUGAGCCACGGUAGCGUGUUGUUCGAGUGCGCCAAGCACGAGAUGCAUGCCACCACGGCUCUCAAAAAGCCUAAUCGUCUGAAUCCAACCAGAAUCAGCCUGGUCUUUUACCAACAUCGUAAUCUUAAUCGACCAAGACACGGAUGGGACGAAUGGGAAGAAAAAAUGCGACUCAGGAAACUAGGUGUUGCGAGUACCACCACCACCACUACUACUACAUCAUCGUCCACUUCGCAAUCACUGUCUACUCCAUCAACUCCAACCAGUCCAGCCAGUGCAAUCAACACCGAAAAAUCCACUCCGCUACCUUACAUACCCAGUGUUCCUAGUUCUCAGUUCAUGAUGAGAUCGCCUACGUAUACCACCAUGACCUGGACCACCCUUUUCCCAAUGCAUCCGUGCAUGAUAACUGGCCCAUAUCAGGAGGGAGGGGCCAUUGGAUGAGUAAACGUCGGAGGGCGCGAUUCCAGCCAUCGAUGAGCAAGAACCGUGCCAGGAAUCGAUCGAGCGAUCUCGUCGGACUGAUCGAGUGAAAAAGUGGGUUUCAAACGACACGAAUCUCACUUGACGACGCUGUUCCGUGCCGUGCAACUUCGACACGAAGAACGUGAAACGAGUCACGAGAACAACGAGAGAAACAGAGCAACAAGCAGCUAACAUUGAGAGGGGAUCAACGAGCAAAAAGAGCAAACUGUCAUCAUGAGAGGCUUUCUAUCGUAAUUCUAUCAGGUCAUCGUCCUAGAUGUGUAUAGUUGUUAUUGACGAAAAAAGACAAAACGAAGAUGAAGAAGAAACAACACGUUUGCACUGCCAUUUUUCUAUCUCACGUUUUUUCGGGAAAUAAAUAAUAAACGUAACAGACAGGGGAAACAGAGGAGAAGCAAGAAAAGUAUGCAGCAGGUGACUGGUUCGCAACGCAGACGUUUCGUCGCAGGAUUCAAUUUUAAUCGGGGCUUCCCUUUUUAUAUCGAUCUUUUACACGAAUCACGGUAAAAUGUUGCGAGCGGACAAGAAAAGGAAAUCAGAUCAACAAUGGAUAUCGAACACGAUGAAGAUGUUUGGUAUUUAGAACGGCAAAUUCAAGGCUGAAGGUGGAGGAGGAAUACGAAGCAGCUGAUCGACAGAGACGUGUCACGCGCUUAGAGAAACACUUGAUCGCAAUCGAGGCUAAUUUUCACGGUAACUGGAUUAACGGCACAAAAGGGCGAUCGGCCAUGUUCUUUCGAAGAACCAUUGUUCUUUUCGAGAAAUGACUUCGAAUAUGUUAUACGACCUAGAGUAGAAUAAAUGGAAAGUAAAAAUAUGGGAAAAAGGACAAAAGAAGAAAAAACGAUGUAAAAAAGUAAGAUAAUGAAAGGAAGACGAAGAACGAAUGAAACGUAUCCAAUUAUAUAUCUUUGAUUCUUUUUUUAUUUUUUCUUUUUUUUUUUUUUUGUUAUUUUUAGGAAAAGGUCUCGUAUUCUGGUAGAGUCGUAAUCGUAUUUAGCUAGUCCAUGCCUAGACGCGAUAGAUAAUUGUUUUCUUCGCAACAUUUUAACACACGGCACACGGAGUUGCAAACAUGUACGCUGGUAGCACGUGCGCGCUUGCUAUGAUCCAUUUUUGUACAAAGCUGGAUCAAUUUUGUAACUAUGAGAGUCGAUCUGCCGUUUAUUUUUCCGCACGUUCUCCUUUUUGUAACACGUGUACCCCAUUGUUGUUGUUGUUGUUGUUGUUGCAUCAUCACACACAUACAUGUGCAUCAUGCAGGACCAAAAUCGUCCUUAAUUCUAAUUCGAUUAAUCGGCGCCAUCGUAGUAGAUUUUUAUCCAAUAUCGUCCAGCCCAUAAAUCAUCUAAAACGCCCAUAAAUCAUCUAAAACGCCCACAAAUCAUAACUCCAAAAAAUCGAACGACGAUAUGCAUAUAUAGUUUCGGGUGGAUCCUUUGUAAAAGUCGUCUGGAUAAUCUUCGAUGCUCCACAUGGAAAAACGGAGCUCACACAUAGACACGUUACACACGUACACGCGUAUAAUACAUAUACUGACACGAAAAUGAUCUCAAGUUUUUAAGCUAAUUAAUUAAACGGUAAAUAUCAACGUUUAAUGUAUUUCUUUUCUCUUCUCUCUCUCUCUCUCUCUCUCUCUCUCUCUCUCUUUCUCUCUCUCUCUCUCUCCCCUUCUUCUCUUAAAUUUCUCUCUUUCUUUUGCACACAUUGUCUAAAACCUUUCUUUCUCUCGUUUUCUCUCCUUUCGUUCGUCUAUUGUACAUUGUGCUUGUUAAUCAUCGUAUUUAUUUCGUAAUUCACUUGCACGUGCUUGCAUCCGUAGCUCUAUCCUAUUAAAUCGAUCACGUAAGAAAGAUUCAAGAGCAAGAACGAUGUGACGAAGAGGCACAAACAGGCGAUUCGAUGAUAUAUAUAUUAUACAUAUAUAUACAAUAAUUGCUAUGAUAUUAAUAUCGAAUUCUCGGGUCGGUUCAGUACAAACACACACAAAUAUACACAUCAUAUACACACGAGAGAAUCGUGAGAUAAUUUUUUAAUAUAGAAUAUCGAACUGUAAGGGGGAGAGAAAUGCGUCGGUCGUCGUGGUGCCAUUUCCUUCGUCAGCUACGAUCUUCUCAUUGUUUCUUUUUUAUUCUCUCUAUUUUUUUUUUUUUUUAUUCAUUCUCCAAGCCCUUUAGAGUCUAUAAUCGCGAUUCCAGAUCCACGAUCAAAUCUAUGGAUCUCGGGUAUCCUGAUUUAUGUUAUAGAUAUAUAUAUAUAAGCCUUUCGAGAGGCGAUCUUCUCGAGCGAGGAAGACACGCGCACAGAGAUCCAAUAGUUUCGCGGUAGAUCACAGCGGCCAGCCGGUGAGGUUCGACGUUAUUUAACGAGUGCCAGUGUUGGAAGGUGAGCCAGAGAGCCAGAAAAUGAAAAAAGAACAAAAAAAAAGAAAGAGUAAAAACCGGGAGCAUCCGUAUUAAUCGUACGCGUCGUUCGAACGAUCCCUAUGUUUUCUAUACAUAGACCAGCUACGUUUGGCGU